GCGGGGCGGGGCUGCCGCCUAUAAGAAGGGCUGCGCGCCCGCUCUGGGCCACUGGUUUGUGCUGUUGAAGCCAUGGCGCCUGCCUGCCUGCUUGCGCCGCUGCUGUUCCUGCUCCUCGGAGGCUUCCCCGCGGUUCCUGGCGAGUCGAUUCGAGAGACUGAGGUCAUAGACCCGCAGGACCUCCUGGAAGGCAGGUACUUCUCUGGAGCUCUCCCGGAUGAUGAAGAUGCAGGGGGCCUCGAACAGGACUCCGAUGACUUUGAGCUCUCUGGUUCCGGAGAUCUGGAUGACACGGAGGAGCCCAAGUCCUUCCCCGAAGUGAUUCAGCCCUUGGUGCCCCUAGAUAACCACAUCCCGGAGAAUGGCCAGCCUGGCAGCCGUGUCCCCUCAGAGCCCAAGGAACUGGAAGAGAAUGAGGUCAUUCCCAAAAGGGUCCCCUCCAACGUGGGAGAUGAUGUCUCCAACAAAGUGUCCAUGUCCAGCACUGCCCAGGGCAGCAACAUUUUUGAGAGAACCGAGGUCUUGGCGGCUCUGAUCGUGGGCGGCGUGGUAGGCAUCCUCUUCGCUGUCUUCCUGAUCUUGCUGCUGGUGUACCGCAUGAAGAAGAAGGAUGAAGGCAGUUACGACUUGGGCAAGAAACCCAUCUACAAAAAAGCCCCCACCAACGAGUUCUACGCAUGAAGCUUCCUCCCACGAGUGCUGCUUGGACUUAUGGGAAGAGGAGUGGAGGGUUGUGGACGGUGGGUGUUGGCAGAGAGCGGGCACCUUAAUACUGACCUGUCAGUAUCUCCAUCUCUAGUCACCUCUCUGGUGUCAGAAGAGAUGUGAUCUUCUACUGUGCUGUCUCAGAGAGAGAGAGAGAGAGAGAGAGAGAGAGAGAGAGAGAGAGACUGUCUGUCUGUCUGUGUGUCUGUGUCUCAGUUGCUCCGGCAGAAAAAUGGGGAUAAACUUGCCCUUUCUGAAGG